UCAUGUCUACUGUUCAAUGGUAUUUAAUAGUGAUCUUCCAAAGUGUGUGUUUAAAAACUGCCACCUCAACAAUCUUUGAUAAUGAAUCUACGAAUAAUGAAAUAAGAAAAAUAUGUAUUAUAUUCGCAAUACCUGCUAUACCUAAAGCUUCCGGUCCUGAUUUCGACCUGUUUGAAAACCUAUAUCAUAAUCAACUAUUUAAAGUAGGGAAUCCUAUAUUUAAUAACAUGACUGAUAUUAAUGCUACCGAAGAAGAAUGCAAUAGAUUUGAUACUUCGACUGCUCGUUGUGUGUUCUUACGUUUAUACAAAAUAGGGCAAUAUAUGAAAAACGAUUUACAAAGACUUAGCAGUGUUUUGGGCAGUGCACACGAUACAAAUUCAUACAUGUAUUCAGUUCAGCUCUCGGCCUGGUACCUUGAUCCAGUUUUAUUAAAGUUAGAUUGCGGCCCUGUUGAUCAGAUCUCAAAAAUACCAAUAGCUCAGUGGAAAUAUGCUGCCGAAUUUGAAAAUAAUCUGUUAACACGAUCUAAUUUAUGUUCAUGGACUAAACCGUUCAGAAAGAAUGUUUCUGAACAUCUAUUUUCUGAAGUUUCAGAGUGGUGUUUAAUCAACCGUGACGACCCAUAUUGUCAACUGGUUCCCUUUUUUGAACUGGUAGAUUCUAUAGAUAAUCUGUGUGGUUUGGUGACAGAGGCAGAUUGGAAUGAAUCUUCAUUGGAAAUCAAAGCUGCAAAGUUUUCAAUUUUUACCUUAUUCCAAAAAGCACCACAAAGCAUGCUUCAAAAAUCUAAAAUACAGAAAAGUGAAAUCACACAAAUAACGACAGAAAUUCUUAAUAUCUUUUAUGAUGAGUUCAAAUCAAAACAAUUGACCAAGACUAUAGACCUUUUAAAAAUACUUCCAAAAAGUUCUGCUGUUAAAUGCAACUUUAUGGCCGAAUAUCCAUCAUUUGACUGGCUUCUGUGUGCAUUCGCUAAAACAUUAGACCAAUUAAGAGCAUUUGUUCUUACGUAUGGAACAAGUGUCUCUGGAUAUACGUCAAAAAGGAAGGUCUUGGUAACAUCGAUUGAUUAUCAUGAAUACAUAAAGAACAUGAGAAUCUCACAAAUAAAAGAACUGAGUCAGAAAAUGUCACUUGACCUGCAAGUUGCUGCUGUUCAAAUAAAAAACGAAAUUCAAGAUCGCUUCCAACAACUAGGAACUUAUUUCAAAAGCAUAGCCGAGUUUGAAAGUAAAAAAUUAACUGCAGAUAUAGCAAGUAUAAAAUCGAGUAUUGAUUCAUACAAGAAAGUUCACGAAGAAGCCAAACAAAAUUUAAAGAACAAAAUUACGGGUCUUUUGCUGGCUUUUACAUCGGCCGCCGCCAGUGAUUUAGUUGAAGCAGGAGUAAAAUUAGUAGCACGUGCUGCAGAAGCAUCAAAUCCUCUUAAAUGGAUUUUUAAUAGUGGCAAUACAGUUGAUGUUAUGGAAGCUACCAGGGAAGUAGCGCAAUCUACUGCAAUUGUUGCUAAAGCCAUUUCUAAAAUAGGUUAUUUGACAAAACUUCAAAAACAAUCUGCUGACAUCAGCAAAAAAAUAAACCAAAACGCACCCUUACUUCAGACAAUCAAGAACAUCAUAGACAGAGUCACACCAGAAUCAAUAUCUGACGAAAAGUUUACCAGCCUGCAAUCUGAUUUUUUUAAACAUUACGGAAAGUACUCCGGAAAGCUUAAGAAGGUCGAGUUGUCUGUUUUGAGUAGUUAUUGGGGAGGUUUCAUUGAUGACCUAUGUUCAUCAAUUGAACAAACAAGUGGUAUAGCAUCAGCGGUGUUUAAAACAACAAUAUGGGCUACAAAUGCUUGUCCAAACGCAAAGGCAGAAGCUACAAAACUUGUGGUGUCAUUAGAAGAAAUCUAUGACUUUCAGCAAAAUCUGCUGGAGAAGAUGGCUUCGUUGAUGAGAUCACUGACACAAAUACAAAGCUCAUCAAUACUUGGUUCCGGAACACGUGCCAAGUUUCCAAGUAGUUUAACAAUUUUGGAAAUAAAAUCAUUUGCAGCUGCAUCAUAUAUAACAAACAGCAUUGUACAAUUUACUAACGUGUUUAUGCUUUGUGACAUCCUAGAAUACAAAAUGGGAAGAAAACCAAAUGACUGUCAAGGUAUUUCUACAAAUAUUGAUAGGUUACUGUCAUUGCAAGAUGUCAGCUGCAACCAAAUUUUGAAAUAUGUAGAUCUGCCGACUCAACCAAGUUCAUUUAAUGGAACAAUUCGAGACUGGAUUGAUUUAUCAAAGAUAUACAAAGGUGAAACUGUUCAAUUUCAAGUUCCAAACUCAAAAUGGCUUAUUGACAAUGGAUGGAUAACGAAAGCCCAAAACAGCUAUGCCAUCUAUAUUGAAGGAUUUGAAAUGUACCUGCCAGUUUACACCAACUCCUCAAAUCAGGUUGAAGUCACUGUUACACCGAGCAAUACUGGAAACAGAUUAUAUGAUUACAAGGACGGAACUGAGUAUAUCAUAACACCAUCCGUUCCGAUGCGAAUGUCAUAUUCUCUAGGCAAAGACAGUAUAUGCCGUCAAAAAAAACUUGAAAAUCCAUACCGGGUUUGCGAUACUGAUGGAGGGAAUUUGAUGCAACAGAUAUGCAUUCAAACACUAGGUGCUGAAAGUGUCAUCCCUUCUGAUAAAAUCAAACCAUCCAUAUACGGUCAACUAGAUAUUAGAAUUUCUGGAUUAGAAAAGUUCCAUCUUUCCACCCCUUCCACUGGAGUUCCAAUUAAAGUUGGAAUAAAAUAUUGCUUUAUUGACCCUGGUGAUCCCAAUGAACGGAGAAAAAGGAGAAGCACGUAAGACAUUAAUUCAUCAAUUGUAAUCUAAUAAAUCGAUUACAUACUUCCAAAGGGUAUUUUAUUUUCAAAAUGUAACUUAUCAUGCAUUAAAAGCAUUUCAGAUAAAAAAAAUAAAUUUGUGCCUAAUUUGUAUGUAUUAUACGGGUGACAAUUAAAUACACAGAUAUAAGUGUGUAACAUGCGGGUGACAAAAGUUGAUUUAACUUUUAAUAAAUUAUUUCGCCAUUCCAUUGUACAACUUUAAUACUCAUUGUAAAAAUAAUAUUAAUGGUCAGGUAGUACGGUAAAAGAUCAUCAGAAAAUAUUACCGACAAAUCACGUUUACAAGGGGCAUAAAACUAAUGAGAAAAUACCAGGCUUAUAAUUCAGUUCGCUUGAUACUCGUUUCGUGUACAUAAGACUCUUAAGUACUUGUUUUUAAACAGUUGGUAGGCCAACUCGAUAACGAAGAUGAAGAGCAAUACUGCUUAUAUGAGUUUCAUAUUUACAAAUACUCUAAUAUGAUUGGUGUGUUAGAAUACUUUUCCAUGAUUUGCAUUUAUAUGGACCAUGUUUAAUUGUAGCCUAUAUAAACAUUAUGUAGAUUUCACUGUGAUAAAUUCAUGAGUGAUGCACAUGUUUAAAUUGAAAGAAAAAGUAGCAAAUGGUUCAGAUGAGAAUUACAAAGAUUGAACACAUACUUUCCAGAGGUUUUUGAUGUGUUCACUCGGUCGAUAAUUCCAUUUGUUUUUUUACUUUUAUUCAGUUCGCGAGUUAAACGGUCACAGUGUACAUAUCAAUAAUCUCUAGAAAAAAUGUGUUUAUUCCGAUAUUGGAAAGUACAUCAAUGCAGCAAAGUAAUGCCUUUAUCUGGUCGAGGCGACCUAUGCCAUUGAGUAGAAAUCUAAGUGUUUUGAAUGAUUUUUUUACUUUCCAUUACACAGUAAAUGUCAGAAAAUUACCGUAUCAACAAGCAUUGAAAUCGACCCAGUUACCAAGUUUGUAAUUUAGUAUGCCAGACGCGUGGUUCAUUUACAUCCGACUAAUCAUUGGCGCUUGAAUUAAACAAAAACAAAUUUGAAAGCAAAAUAUAUAGCAAAGUUGGAGAGCACCGAAAAAUAAUAGGACCAAAAAGGUUUGCAAAACCAUAUUAGGCCUAUCCGGUUGUUCACAAACAUCAAAUAAUUGUAAUGAAUUAAAAUUUCUCCUUAUAGAGUUAAAUCAUUGUGUUGAAAUAUAUGAUUAUUUUUAAGCCAUGAAAUUUACCGAAAAUAUUGACAAGUAUAUCGAUUCUUAUCAGAAAUAACUCAAGAUUUAUGCGAUGAAGUUUUGAGAGAAUGUUUUCAUUGUCACAUUAACAAAUAUAUUAUAUUAACAUUAACGAUAUCAAUUUUACUGAACGAUAUGCGCAAUUCAACAAUUAAUGUUUCUUCUGUGAUGAUCAAAGCAAAACUGAAACGAACGAUACUAAAGGGACAUUCAGACGACCUGACAAUGCCAUGGCAAAAAACGAAAAACGACCAAAAGACAAUUUACAGUAUACGAAACACAACCCAGAAAACACGAACCCGACACAAAACCAGGGAUGAACUUAAGUUCAGUACAUAAAACAAACUUUGAAGAGCAGACACAUUUGUUUACAUGUACGACCGGAAAGGACAAAAAGUAUAGUCAAACCCUGAAAAGGUUGCAUAAACUUUGCCUUACAACUGUUUUAUGGUUGAAAACUCAUUUUAACGGAAUUUUAUGAUAUCUUGAUAUACAGUUUUAUGUAAUCUUUUCAUAGAAAAUUGACAUUACUGUUUGUGACGUCUUAAUACCAAAUGCGUUGAAUGUGUACUGAUUGAUACUUUAGUCUUGGAGAUCAAAUUUAUUUAUUAGUUGUAUUGGCUUUGAGCUAGGUUUCUGUAACUGUGAGUACUCUUAUUUCGAUGAUUUAUGUCUAUUGUUUUUAUGCUAGUGGUUUUUGUUCCUCGUACCAAUCUUUUGAGUUUAGCCAAUUGAAACUGAUUUUUAUAGUUUGUUCUUAUGUUGUGCUGUAACACCUCUGUCCCAGGUUAAGGGGAGGAUUGAGUACUCACAAACAUGUUUAACCCAGCCACAUUAUGUAUGUGUCUGUAACAAGUCAGGAGCCUUUAACACUGUGGUUGUCGUUGAUUUAUGUUUAUCAUAUUUGUUUUUCGUAAAUUGUUUUGUUCGAAUUAGGCCGUUAGUUUUCUAGUUUAAAUUGUUUAAAAUUUUUAUGUCCUGACUUUUAUAGCCGACUAUACGGUAUUGUUUAAUCUUAUUGUUGAAACAAGACAGUGACCUGUAAUUGCUUACUUCAACUUUAUUUUAACUCUGGUGGAUAGUUGUCUCAUUGGCAAUCUCUGGUGGAUAGUUGUCUCAUUGGCAAUCUCUGGUGGAUAGUUGUCUCAUUGGCAAUCUCUGGUGAAUAGUUGUCUCAUUGGCAAUCUCUGGUGGAAAGUUGUCUCAUUGGCAAUCUCUUUUGGAUAGUUGUCUCGUUGGCAAUCUCUGGUGGAUAGUUGUCUCAUUGGCAAUCUCUGGUGGAUAGUUAUCUCAUUGGCAAUCAUAGUACCUUAUCUCCUCAUUUUUAUUGUAAUAAUGCAAUUAAGCAAUUUUAUGAGGAUCUUAAAAAUCACUCAAAACAUGAUUUUUUUAUUAUGACCCCUUAUAAUUUGGGAAAUCAAACUUGUUGAUAUGCGUUUUCAACAUUGCUGUUGACUUCUGGAUUACCUUUUAGUUUGGCAAAACCUAUAUUUAAAAACAAUAAGAAUAUUCAAAAUGACAAUUUACAAAAUUUCAGAUCUCUUGUUGACUGAUCGUAAUGUCCAAUGUUUCAUACUUUUUUAUGAGAAAGUUAUGAUAGUAUAAUAAUAUCUUUUUAUCUUUUUUUUUAGGAGACAAACGCGAUAGGUGAAAUUUGCUGUAACGGCAAUAGUUUUUACCAUAAUGGCCAAUGUCAGAAUUGCCCUGCAGGUACCAUCUCAAUGCAUAAUGGAUUGUUCUGUGGGAACGUUGUUGACGUCAUUUAUGCUGAACAAAUUAUGCAAGAUUUCACAUAUGCCGAUGCAGUGGCCGGAUGUAAAAACAAUGGUAAGAAACUAGCGAGCAAAGAUAGUCUCCUUCUCGCAAGAGAUUUGGGAAGUCAAAGCUGUCUUUGUGGAUGGAUAGAGGGCGGUAUUGUUGAUUCAGCAAAAUCAAAAGCAGAUUGUGAUGUACGAACAAAAUGUCAAAUUGAUGAAUAUCUGAAAUAUGCAUACUGUGAUACAACAUAUGAUCUUGUCACACAGCCAUCAGUCAAGAACAAAGAGUCGACAACAAGUGGAUUACCCAUUGGAGCCAUUCUAGGGAUUACUUUAUCUGUCAUUGCCAUAGCUGCUCUGGUUUCUGCGUUUAUUCUGUACAAGCGAAAAAAACAAUAUGAUACAAUCAAAAGAAACACUCCGCCGAAAGAAUGUGGUAUGCCCAGCGAUAGUGUUUACAAAGACUUUGAUCAAAUGGAAAUGAAUGAAAAGUCAUGAAAGUUUAAAACAAGACAUUACAAUGACAUAUAAUAAUAUUUCAGGUUUUACCUGUUAGUGACCUUUAGUCAUAUAUCUACUAACGUUUCGACGUAUUUCUACAUCGCUGGUUUUCGAAUGUUUUGGGUUUAGAGUUCUUAAUGGAGGUCAAUCCAGAAAAGAAUUUCGGACGUACGAAAUUCAUGAAGUGUUAUUCCAUUUCAAUAGUAUUUCGGAUCUAUUCAAUGACUAGUAAUUGAAUGUGAAAAGUCUGACUGGAAAUCUGAUUUGAAUAUUGUAUAGAUUUUACAAAAUAGUGCCUAUUUCUCAACAACUAAAAGGUGCAUUUACAUUUUUACUGCGCCAAAUUUACAUUUAUUGCAUUUCUUAUUGUUAGGCGUCAAUGCAUCAGACUUUCAAAUCAAAUUAGCUUCUGUUUCAAUUAUGUGUGGUAGGCGUCCAUUUCUAUCUAUCAAUAUUGUCAAUGCAUUUAUUUCGUUUAUGUUGUUUUUCUAUCAAUAGUUUCAUUUUGUACAUAUUAAAUAGUCUCUUUUACGUUUA